AUGGAGACGACCAAGCUGCCUCCGUCCAGCCCGUCCUCGCCGACCACCAGCUUCUCGGUGCCGUCCGCGGAGAAGGUGGACGGCUUCCCGCGACGCUCCAUGCGCAGAGCCCGGCAGAGGAGGUCCCACAGCUCGUCCCAGUUCCGCUACCAGAGCUCCCAGGUGGAGCUCACCCCGCUGCCCCUGCUCAAAGACGCCCCGGUGGCAGAGUUACACGACCUGUUCUGUAAGAAGCUGCAGCAGUGCUGCGUGCUGUUUGAUUUCCUGGACUGCGUGGCCGACCUGAAGGGGAAGGAGAUCAAACGUGCGGCGCUCAACGAGCUGGUGGAGAGCGUGGCCACGAGCAGAGGGGUCCUCAUAGAGCCUCUGUACCCCGAGGCCAUAAAGAUGAUCUCGGUAAAUAUCUUCCGCACCCUCCCGCCCAGCGAGAAUCCAGAGUUUGACCCAGAGGAAGAUGAGCCGACACUGGAAGCCUCCUGGCCGCAUCUGCAGCUGGUGUACGAGUUCUUUCUGCGUUUCCUGGAGAGCCCAGACUUCCAGCCCUCCAUGGCCAAACGCUACGUCGACCAGAAGUUCGUCUUGCAGCUGCUGGAGCUGUUCGACAGCGAGGACCCCAGGGAGAGGGAGUACCUAAAGACCAUCCUGCACCGUGUCUAUGGAAAACUACUGGGCCUCCGAGCCUACAUCCGCAAACAGAUCAACAACAUCUUCCUCAGGUUCAUAUAUGAAACUGAGCACUUCAACGGAGUCGCGGAGUUGCUGGAAAUCCUCGGCAGCAUCAUAAAUGGCUUCGCCCUGCCUCUGAAGGCCGAACACAAGCAGUUCCUGGUUCGGGUUCUCAUCCCGCUACACACGGCAAAGUCCCUUUCCAUCUUCCACGCACAGCUGGCCUACUGUGUGGUGCAGUUCAUGGAGAAAGAUGCUACAGUGACUGAAUAUAUCAUCAGAGGGCUGCUCAAGUACUGGCCAAAAACCUGCACGCAGAAAGAGGUGAUGUUCCUGGGUGAGAUCGAGGAGAUUCUGGAUGUGAUAGAGCCGUCUCAGUUCAUCCGGGUCCAGGAGCCGCUCUUCAAACAGAUAGCAGCCUGUAUCUCCAGCCCUCACUUCCAGGUAGCGGAGCGGGCUCUUUACUUCUGGAACAACGAAUACAUCCUCAGUCUGAUCGAGGAGAACUGUCAAGUCAUCCUGCCGCUGGUGUUCGCCACCCUCUACAGAGUCUCCAAGGAGCACUGGAACCAGACCAUCGUGUCUCUGAUCUACAACGUGCUGAAGACCUUCAUGGAGAUGAACAGCAAACUGUUUGAUGACCUCACUGCCUCCUACAAAGUGGAGAAACAGAAGGAGCUCAAGCGAGAACGGGAGCGUGCGGAGCUGUGGCGAGGCCUGGAGGAGCACCAGGAGCGCCGGAUGCAGAUGCUCACAGAGGCGGCCAGGAACCAGCGCAACCUCCAGGAGCGAGGCGAGAGAGGGGACCCGCUGACCCCUUCGUCCCCGCAGACGGCUCACUCCGACCAGCCCGAGCCCAAACCCAGCGGGGCCUCCUCCGGGGAGAGCGCCACCUAGGUGCCGCUCCGCAGAGAUGGGAUAACGCGGGAGGGUUUGGGGGGGGAGGUGGGGGGGGACGGGGAGAAGACGUGACGGUUAAAGCGUUGGGAGGCAGAAAAAGGUACAAAACAAAUCCACUGUUUAUUCUCAUCUUGCACCACGGAGGCGGCAGCUUUUUGUAAAAAGGCGCAAACUCUGUGAUCCAAGUUCAAAUCUGUACCUUCCUUCUGUGUGAAGCUGCUUCUCUGUCUUGCUGUACACACAUCAUGUUGCGGAUCAGAAGAUGAACAUCGUCCACAAGUGCAGACUGUUAUUUUAACUACCAGCUGGUUUAUUCAACUGCAGGUCAGUGCCUAAAAAUCGGUAGCUGGCCUGCUUCAAAUCAGCCGCAAAAUAGGAGAUCAAAAACGUCUCUUCUGGUGCAACACAAACCAAGUUUAACACGUCAGUCGAGUUACAGUCUGUACUGAGGCUUUUGUGUUCAUCUUAUGGUCCCAGAUGCUUGUUUCAUGCGUGGAUAGCACAAUACAUUAAUAAACCAAAGAAGCAGCUUCACGCAGACGUCCCGAAACUUUGUCCGAACAGACCAGACACACAAACAAACCACCACACACACACACACACAUACACACACACACAGGUACAUAUUUACUGUAAAUACCAGAAGACAGAGCUACAGAGUGUAUCCAGGUCACGCAAACACCAACAACUGAUUGAUGCACCAAAUAAAACACACACAUAAACAGACACACACACACAGCUGGUUCUAACUCCUCUCCCAAUCUGCCGGGUUCCACCAAAGGACGAGCCUAAAGUCCCUUAAGGUUAAAUAACCUCUGAUGAAGAUGAUGAUACUGAUAUAAAGUACAAUAAUGUUCCUUCUUCUUACUUGUUACUCUACUACUACUACUCUACUCUACUCUAAGUACUACUGACGAUGAUGAUGAUGAUGAUAAUGUUUUUAUAUAUAUAUACAUAUGUCUCUGGAUAUUUCUGUAGUGUAUUAUGGGAAAAACACUAGUGUAGCAGAUACCAUAAAGGGGAAGGCCGACUCGAAUUCUGAAUUCACAUCACAUGUUAAAUGUACGAGGCCAUAAUGUGAGUGCUGAAAUUCAGCAGAAUUCCCCUUUAACAGACCUUAAAGAGGGGAGGAAUGAACUGGAUUGGCGGUGGCUGUUUUUCUUUUAUUUUGAAAUUUUGGAUAUUUGUGGUGUGGCCGGGUGUAUCUUAAAGGGGUAUUUCAUAAAAGUAAAAAAAAGAAAAAAAAUCCCCAAACAUUCCACAUUUAAAGGUCAUGAGUAUGUUUUAAAGGUGCCCUGUUGAGUUUUUUUUGUUUUGCAAACACAGUUAUGUUUACAUUCAGUGUUACUCACCAGAAAUGCAUUGUGGGUAUUCUAGAGGCCUGACAGGUGAAUUGUGUUGAACACAUUUUCUUCCUCACGAAACACUUGAUUGUUUUCAAACCUGCGUUGUUUACAUCCGUGUUUGCUAGCUAGCCGUCUUCUUCUUCUUUGCACUCUGUCGCCACCAACUGUUGAUCAGUGGAACAAAACUGGGACCCGCUCAUGAAAAAAAAAAAAACAUUUGUUCUGUCGCGCUUUUGUCAGUCAAAAGUUCCACAGGGUACCUUUAGCGAGGACUUUUUUUUUUUUAGUUUGUCAAAUUUGCUUCCAAUUCCGAUUUUGUAUUUUAGAACCUCCAACUGUACCACCACGCCCGCUAGUAGACUCCACCCGACACUGACAUGACAGAAAAACGAAUGAAACGCACCACAAGUGUCUCAAACCAAAAAGGAAAAAAAACACCGUAAUCCAGUUGGAUUUCUGAACCCGGAGCGUCUGAGGGUCUCGGCGGACCCGACGCUGCUAGAUGGUAACCAUGACAACUUUCUUUGGCGUGAACCAACAACAACAAAAAAAAAAAUCUGUUUAUUCUUGUCUGAUCAUUACGAUAGAGCGAUGGGAUAAAGAGAGAGGGGCGGGGGAAAAAAACUGAAAAAAAUUAUUUUAGCAAUAUUUUCAUUCUUUCAGGAUAAUCUGUGUGUUUUUAGGGGGCUAAACAGGAAGUGGGCGUCACGCUCAAAAUGUUUACCUCCCACUCUUGUUUUUACUCCUGUUGCGUCCUUGAUAUUCACAUUGUCUUAAAGGUACCUUCUGUGUAAAAUGAUUUGAUGAGAAAUGAUUUUUUUUUUUUUGCUUUGUAAUUACGUUGUUUAUUUUCUUGGUUUUUGUAUGAUCUUGUUCAUUUUGUGGAAAACUGAUACUGAUGCUAUUUAUUUUCUAUUCGAUCAGGAAAUGUAACCUUAUUUGAAGACGACGGUCAGGUUGUGUAUGUGUGUUUGUGCGCGAGUGCGUGAGUGUGUCGGAGAUGUGAGCGUAGACGGAGCGACAAGAGAACGAGAGAGGACAGUUAUCUCUUUGCUUCUUUUUCUCUCUCUCUCCUUCUCUCCUUCCUGAGGGACAGGGUUUUGAAUCCGAAUGUAUCGUUAAAAACAAAAAACGAAAAAAAAAAAAAAACUGGAAUUGAUUGUUUUUAGUUUUUUUUAGAGACGCAGAGCUACCUGUCAGCUGCUUCGUAACCAAACAUUCAAAGUAAAACCCCGUCAGACCUGCAGUUUUUUUCUAGACACUCACUUCAAAUCGCGCCUGAAUCGACGAGGUUUUGAAAUCCAUUUGAUUUGUGUUUCCUAAAGUUCCACGUUUUUCUGAAUCUGUUCUGCACCUAAGCUUCUUUUCAUUUGCAAACAUCCAGGAUGCAACUCACAAAUAUUCUCAGAGCUGACCACAGAAGUAAGAAACCUCCCGUUAAAUGUCCAGUUACUCUGUUUUUCUGUCUACAUCAGGUUCUGAAGCUGCUCAGGUGUCCUACAGAUGGAUGGACUGCAGUAUAUAAAGUAGUUCGAGGUGUUUGGAAUGCAACCGUCACCAUAGAUAUUCAACAAACUCAAUUGGCUGAUAAAGACUGUGAGUUAAAGCUGCUGAAAAUGCUAGAAAUGGCAACCUGAGUUAAGCUGAUUACCUUUUCCUACCAAAAUUGAGAUUUCUAGAAGUCUGAGGAGGCGUUUUCUUCUAGUUUUUUCACAGGAAAAGUGCAGAAAAAAUCCAAAGAAAAGCUGCAAUGUUGUGUUUAGUGCUUCACCUCAGAAACCCAAAUGCUUUAAAGCUGCAGUAGGCAGGAAUCUGCAAAAGGCAAAAACAAAAACUUAUCAAGUGGACACGCUGCACAUGAUUUAAAUGUGCAGAAAUAGUCAAGUUAAAAGUCACUAUUGUCUUGAUUUAAACCCCUGUGCUGCUGAGGUAAAGUCCUCUGGUCACCUGAAUGCAUCACCUAUUUGGAAUUUCUGAUCUGCGUGAAAAGACCUUGAUCGCCAACCAAUUGAAUUACAAUUUGUUGAAAGGUUGUUGUAGAAUUUUUGCCCAAUGAUGCCAAAAAACAAAAAACAAACCCCUGCCUACUUUAAAAGACCGCUAAAUAAUUGUCUUUGAUUGAUUUUAGGACCUACUAAGGAGCCACAACACCCACGUAUACCCACUAAGGCGGAAAAAUUAAUCAAAAAUUUUGUUUAAUUUGUAAUAUGGCAAAAUAUAAUACCCAAAUCUCAGGAGUGGCAAUUUUUAGAUAAGAGAUUGAAGUAAAAUACGAUUAUACACGAAGCAUUGUGGUGCUACAGAUAUGCAACGACGCCUACGAAUCAUCAGUUUUAUGUUUUUUUUAGUAAAAAUUUUUUAAAAUGACCCUUCAAAAAAACCCCAUGUCUGUCAAAAUAAUUGCAAUAUGAUCAAAAAUUUCUUUUGCCGACACUUUUUUCACAUUCCAGGCAGAAUUCUUGUAUUUCUCUCCUGUUUCUGCAUACAACACGAGAUGUGCGAUGCAGUAUUUCACGUUCAAGGAAACCACAGAACAUGUUCACAGAUUAGUUGUUUUCGCAGCUUUACCUCAAAAUCUGAACCCGCCAACACCAUCUGGCUGCACCCUGAGCAGAUAAAAACAACUUCUUAUUAGCUCGGAUUUCAAACCUUUGCUGUGAUUCAGGCGCGCGACGCUCAAAAAAACCACAAAAGACACCAAACUUGACCUCGCUGUCAUAAAAGCACGUUUAUGAUUUUUUUCGUUUUGGCUAGCUUCCUCACGAACCCUCUUGAUUGUUAUUGUCAGUCGGUCAGCUGACUCGGGGGGGGAUUGUUAAAACCCCAGCUCCCACGGUUUUUAGAAUUAACAUUCCUCAACUCCAGAAUUCUGUCAUCCGGUCUAGAAGUGCUCCUGCGCAGGAAGCGAGAGAGGAGAGAGUGUCGGUCGAGGGCCCCGGUUUGAACUCGGACGGCCAUCAAACGCUGCUUUCGGGGCCGAUCCGCGAGGCCAAGAUGGAACAAAAUUGCUUUAAGGCGGAGGGGCGACGUGAGCGAUGAAAACAGCCCGUAAAGUUAGAAAAACAGAGGAGGAGAAAGACAGAGGAAAGAAAAGAGUUAGACACGAUAGAAUGGCAAUAAGUCAGAGCAACAGAAUAUAAUGUUACCGAAACCUACAACCGCAUUACGUAGCAAUUUCACUGAAUUUCUAGAUUUGCACUGUCUGCCCAAUGGUCUGUGUUUGUUGUGUUGAAGAAAAAAAAAAAACCUAGAGAAGAUGAUAAAGACGAUGCAGAAGAAGAAGAAGAAGAUGUAUAUUUUGGGGACCAACACAGCGGUGGGGGGGUUUGAAUGUAGAGAGGCUUACUACUGUACGUAACAUUACAGGGGGGUGUAGAAUGGAGAAAAAAAACUAUGUGCUAAAAAUGAAACUUCACUUUGAGAAAACA